ACACCUCUAACUUUCUAUUUCCGUGCAGAUAAUUGUAAAUAUUUACGCAGAAUUGCACUCGAAAACGCACGAAAAUAGUGAAAAAUGAGGCAAUAGAGUGUGGGUCGGACUGCCUCCACCUUGUUGACAAGAAAAAUAGCGACACAUGCGCAAAAUUCGAGCUGCAAGGACGCGAAUCUAAUCCGCAAAACUGCGGAAGUGUUGGUACCAAGUACAAGUACAAGCACUUAAUUGUAUUUGUAAUUGUAGUUGCCCAAGUGAAGUGCCAAAAAAAAAGCGCUGCAAGUGCUGCAGGCGUAAGAGCCUACAUAAUUAGGGCGCCACAAAGUGAUAAUGGGCGUGGCGAGACGACGAUGCAUGGAGAGCAGAAAGCAGCGAAGACGAUGACGACGUUCAAAUCCAAAUUCAUCAGCCUUUAAAUAUUUACAAAAUAAGCAACACUGAAAUACUCACCACACACAGAAAAGCACAAAAACGAGAUAGCAAAGUACCAGCAAUCUAUGCCCAACGGAACGCACACGAAGCAGCAGUUAUCAGCGAACCAGCGGCACUAAAAGCCACCGAAUCGCACAUACACACAUCGCCUACCAUUCCGAAAGCGAUGUGGCUGCGCCAGAGCGGCGGCGGGGGCGUUGCCUCCGCCGGACAUGGCGGCCCACUCCGGCAGCGUCCCAUCGAUGCCGCCACGGACUGCGAUCCGCGAGCCUGCUACGAUAGCUUCUGCAAGCACUGGCAGCAGGCCUUCGAGAUCAUCCAGCACAGCGCUCCGCCCUCGCACGACGACGUCCUGGGCGUCGUGUCCCAUUUGGACUACAUGGUCACCCUGCUGCUCGUGGAACUGCAUCACUGCAACAAAGUCUCGCUGCCGGCGGCCGAGGCCAGUGGUCCGCCUGCGGCUCCCUGCCUGGAAUUCCUGCUCAGCGAGAAUCUGCUGGACAAGCUGUACGAGUGGGCCUGCACCACGGGACGCUAUGCCAACGCUGUGAGGCUGGAGCAGCUGAAGCUGUACGAACUGCUCGUCAGCCACUCGCGACACCAGCUGCUCUGCCACGAGCCCUUCCUGCGACCCCUGCUCAAGAUUCUGGCCUCCAGCCAGGGCGAGAUCUUUCCCCCCGAUCUCGAGAAGCGGCUCGUUAUCCUGCUGAACCAGCUGUGUGUGGUUCUCAUGCAGAAUGUCCACCUGCUGGACCUUUUCUUCUUCUCCGCCCAGACGCAAGUCCAGGAGCAGAUAUUAAAUGGAAAUGUGGCGCAACCCAAAAGUGGAACCACAACCAAUUUCAUCAUCUUCUCACUGCUCAUCCCGUACGUGCAUCGCGAGGGCAGCCUAGGCCACCAGGCCCGCGAUGCCCUGCUCCUGUGCAUGGCGCUCUCGCAGAAGAACUCCAACAUUGGCACCUACAUAGCCCAGUACUCCUCGAUCUGCCCGCUGCUGGUGACCGGCCUGGGCGGUCUCUACUCACGUCUGCCCAACAGUAUCGAGAUCAGCUCCAUUGACUGGCAUCGGAUCACGCCGGACGAUGUUACAGAGAUCCCAGAGCUGACACUCUUCAUGAACGCCCUCGAGUUCUGCAAUGCCGUGGUGCAGGUGGCCCACGAGAUGAUCAAGCAACAGCUGCUGGACUUCAUGUACCAGGGCUUCAUUGUGCCGGUGCUGGGACCGGCGAUCCUUCAGACACUGAAGGGCAAACAUUUUCAGACGAACAUCGACUCGCAAAUCUCGGCUAUGUCGUACCUGGACCUCAUCCUGCGCUCCAUCACCGAACCCGGACUGCUGAGGGCCUUCGUUCGCUUUCUGCUCGAUACGGAAAAGUUUGACGGUGAACGGAUACUGGAUGCUCUGGUCGAGCGCUUGAACUCACCCGAUGCCAAUCUCUGCAUGGUCACGAUGGCUUUGUUUGACACCCUGCUGGGCCUGCACUGCGAGGAUCUGAUGCUGGAGCUGCUGCUCAAGUUCAUGCUGCCCGGCAAGCAUGUGCCCAUCUCACAUCGCCACAAGAUAAACAAGAUCGAUCCGUAUUUGAACAGCAGUGAGUUCUUCCUGGAACUCUCGCCCGAUGUGAUGAAGCGUGCCAGGGAUCUGGCCCGGCCCAAGAGUAUCCACGAACCGGUGAUAGGCGACCUAACGCCGCUGCCGAGUCUCCCAUCUCCGGUGAUGAGCAAGACGAUUGGAGCCAACUGGAACUAUUACGGAGUGCACACGGGUGAUAGUUUGUAUGCGAAUAUUCAGGCUUAUCUCUUCGAGGCCCACUGGCGAAUCGCCCAGUGUCAAAGGGACUGCCUGAAGUGGGCGAACAGCUAUCGCUACCAAAAGUGGCCACGCCACGGCCAGGGAAGAGUUCACGCCCAUGCCUUGGAACUGGCCAGGCAGUUCUUUAGCGAGUUCGGAGGUGGAGCUGUUGUUGCCAGCGAGUCGGGCGAGAAACAGCUUGAUAGCUUGCAAUCAAUUGGCGAGUCCAGCGGCUACGAGUCGUUCAAGUGGCGACCAGCGGACGAGGAGAGUGAAGCCACAGAUACAACUUUGGCCACUACAGCCAGCGAGGCAGAUCUGGAGCACAACAACAGUAGCAUCAGCAGCGUGCUAGGUGGAUCCGGAAGACGAGAGGCCUGGCGCAUAUCCCACAACAAUCGCAAUGAGCUACUACUGACGGAUCUGGAUUUCUCGGAAGAUUUGUUUGCGCAGGGCACUGUAAGCUUGGGUCCCUUUCUCAAUGCCAUCUGGGGCAAACUGCAAACCUUCACGAGCAACUCGCUGUACGUCAAUCUUCACUUGACCGGGCUGAUCACUCGUUUGGCCUGGUAUCCCCUGCCGUUGAUUCACUCGCUGCUGCUGCGCUCGGACAUAGCCAUCACCUCGGAUACGCCCUCGUUUCACCAGGUGCUGCGCAUUCUUAAGCAACAGAUCGAUGCCGAGCUGCCAGUGACGGAGGAUUCGCUGGAGAUCAUUGAUGUGGCACGUUCGUCACUCAUUGAUCGGGAGUUUCGUUUGGCAAACGCCCGGAAGGGCAACGAAGGCUCGCCAAUGCAUCACAGCCAACAGCAACAGUUGGCAACCAAUUCCGGCCAGCAGCAGGGACAACUGCGGUCUGCCUACGCGAGCCUUUCGGCAGCUACGCCCGUGCAGGCCACUCCCACCAGCGCCUACGAUCCCUUCAAGCGCAGCGAUAACAAGAGGCGGAGCAUUAGCAAAUCCAUCACCAGCAUGUUCAGCAGGAAGUCGUCUGGCUCCUCGUCGGCAGCGCCACCAAAUGGCUCUUCCGCUUCAUCUGGCUUAUCACAAAUUUACGCAUUCUUCACCGGAGCUGCGUCGAAUCUUGUGGGCAAUAAUGCAAGUGCCGAGGGAAGAGGCUUUCCACAAGGACAGGCAGUUGCCGGGACAUGCGAAACCAGCUUAAGUACGCAACCGCCGUCGGGAGCAUCACGCCCGGGAGCCACAACCACGUCGACGGUGGGCGCUGGGAGCAGCAGCAGCAUCGGCGGAUCCACUCAAACCCUCUCCGCCCAGUCGAACGCCACAACCCACUCGUCGAGCACGCUGCAUGGCCUGGAUGGGGGUCCAUCCACAGGUGGUUUCAACUCCGAACCAGUGUCCCUCGACUCGGUGGCCUCCAUGGGAAUCAUCGCCAGCACGAGUGGCACCGAGCGAUCCCGGGACUUGGCCCUAUGCGCUGUGCUGAUGGAUGAGUGGCUCAAGGAGCUGGCGGCCAUUGCCCAGGAGCAGAGCGUUGUGCUGGUCACGGAGCAGGCGUCCUUAUGAUCGCUUGGAACAGAUGAUGAUGAUGAUACAGACGACUUGUGUAUACAUAUUUUACGGAUUUGUUGCCCCUUGUUUGUUUUAACCAAUUACUCUUACGAAAUUAUUUCUUUUUACCUGUUAAAUUAUCGAUAUUUAUAUUUUAAACAACCCCUUUUAAACGAACAAUGCCGCAAUGUUGAACAGAUUUACAGAUUAAUGCACACGGACUCAAUGACAAGAGAACACUCAAAAACGCGUUAAACAUGUUAGAAUUUAGGUUUAAAGUUGUAAGAGGAUUGGGGAGGGUGGAUUUUAAGUGUUCAGAUGUAAACAAAUAUUCUAAUUAACAGCCGUAUGCAAGAUUUACAACCUUUUUAGAGAGAAUUAUAUAACACACAUACCAUGUAUACAUAUGUAUUUUUGCAAUAUAUUUUAUGCUUUUUAUUUUUAAAGCCAA